CAACCCAGCAGUGUGCCUGCAUGUGUGAGAGGGAGGGGAUUAGCGCAAGCAGAAGCAACAGAGAGUAUGAAAGAAAGUAAGAGAGAGAGCAUGUCAGGAACGAUCGUAUGAAGGUUAAAUCUAUAAACUAGUGAAACUCUGCAAAGCUAAAGCUUUCUUAGUUUGCAUGGGAGGAAACCAAGACGUGGAAAUCUAUUUAUGGAGACCAUGGAAAGCACACAGAACACUAACACAUCGAACAACUCUAACUCAACCAUUUACACUGAGCUACAAAUGAUGCUGCUUGGCACAGCAAUGUCCCUGCUGGUCCUAGCCAUUGUCUUUGGCAACGUUCUAGUGAUCACAGCCAUUGCCCGUUUCCAGAGGCUCCAGAAUGUCACUAACUGCUUCAUCAUGUCGCUAGCCUGUGCUGAUCUCGUCAUGGGUCUUGUGGUGGUCCCCUUUGGUGCCAUCCACAUCAUCCUCAGUACUUGGUACUUUGGCAGAUUCUGGUGCGAUUUCUGGACAGCCACUGACGUGCUCUGUGUAACAGCAAGCAUUGAGACGCUCUGUGUCAUCGCCCUGGACCGCUACCUUGCCAUCACCUCACCUUUCCGCUAUCAGUCCAUGCUGACCAAGUGCAAAGCUCGCAUUGUGGUUUUGCUUGUGUGGAUCAUUGGUGGGCUAAUCUCUUACCUGCCAAUCCACUUGAAGUGGUGGAUCUCCAAAGAAAAGGAGGCGGUGCUAUGCAUGAAUGAAACCACUUGCUGUGAGUUCCAACCCAAUCAAACCUAUACGAUCAUCUCCUCCAUCGUUUCCUUCUACAUCCCUCUGGUGAUCAUGGUGUUUGUCUACAGUCGCGUGUUCCAGGAGGCCAGGAAGCAGCUGAAGAAAAUUGACAGGAGCGAGGGUCGUUUCCACCACAAUGGAGGUCACCAGGAAGUUAGUAGCACUGGAGGAGGCAGCGAGGUCCGGAUCAUUAAAAAGCCCAGGUUCUGCCUGAAGGAACACAAGGCUCUAAAGACUCUGGGUAUCAUAAUGGGCAUCUUCACAUUGUGUUGGCUUCCAUUUUUUGUGCUUAAUGUGGUAGUGAGUAUCCAUAAGGUGGAAAACAUCAAUGUACCUUACAGAAUCUUAAACUGGAUUGGGUACGCCAACUCAGCCUUCAAUCCGCUCAUCUACUGCAGAAGUCCUGAGUUCAGAUACGCCUUUAAGGAGAUCCUAUGCAUGAAGAGGGCACAUUAUCCCAACCUUAGGCCAUUCAACGGAUAUAAAUACAGUGGGCACAGCUGGCAGAGUGAGCACCAGGGACGGAGCAAGUGCAGCUCUGAGGACAGUGACCCAGUUGAAGGGGGCUGUGAGAAAGAGGCAUGCAUUUCUGUAGAUAGGACUGAUUCUAAUGGGAACUGUAAUGCAAUCAUCACAAGUGUACCAUGAGUCACUUCAUAAGCCCCAGCACAUUCCAUUGUGACUGAUAUGCCAAAGAGAUAAGGCAUAAAAAAAGCUACACUUCACAUCAUUCUGGUAAGUGUCCAUGGGUGGGGUAAGGGUAGGACAGGACAGAAAAGGUGAAGAGUAAACAUUUUCAUAUUUAAGUUUUCUUAAUAAUAAGUCUGUUUGUUUUUUUAGCAUCUACCUCACUAUGUAUAUUUUUCCACUUCUCAAUUUGUUUUUACAUGUUUUAUUUUUGGCUUCCAUGUUAUGCCACUUUAAGCCACAAAAAAAAAAAAAGAAACUGCUGUAAUGUACAAAAGAAUGUUAUAUAUAAACUAGUACCUGAUAAAAAAUCCAAUUUGCCCAAAUCCUGUAAAAGAUACAUUAAGGAUAAAGAAAAAACAGCAAUAAAUCGGCUAUGUGGUCAAACCAAUAUACAGCUGGUGCUGUUUUUUAUCCAUUUGCAUUCAUUCCUUUUUGAGUUUUUGUACAAUUCACAAGAUUUCUUGUCUAGAUCUGUUUUUUGAAUGCCAAAUUGCCUUAUUAUUUGCUCACAAAUUUGAAGAUCCUCCUCAGGCAGUAUUGUUUGCAAACUGUAUUCUCCAAAACAAGAUAUGGCAUAUGUCUGCCCACACCAAGAAUGUUGCAAUGGAGUGAGGGUCACUAAUCUUCAUAUGAAAUCUUUUUUCCAGCUGACAUUUAAAUUUUUUCAUUCUUUUUUAGAGAGCUGUUCAUCUCAGUUGGAAACUUAUCAGUCACACAUAUCACAAAAAGAGUGAGGAAAAACUACUACUGUUGUACUGUAGAUCUGUAAAAGAAGUUGACCAGCUUGAUAAACAAGGUGCUGUUCAUCUGCUUCUACAAAUCUUAGUGAGGUUGAGGACCAAUUGACUGAAGAUGUCAGCCCUUAUUCUUUGGGAGAAUGCCAGUGUCAUUGUUUUUGCUUUUUCAGUGCGUAAAUAAUUGGAAAGUGACACAGUUUUUUUGUUUUGGCUCUGUACUUUAGGUGAACUAUCCCUAUACAUAACUCCCUACCCAGUUACAAGGGACCAAUAGUAGCUGGAGAAAUCAAUAUGAACUUAUGUGAAUUUGGCAAACAUUGCACAUCCAACAACAGCCUGAAAUCCGCAACCCACAGAUAUCACCAGACACUGUUAUCUUUGAUAUCUUCCCUUGCUUUGCUCUGCCAGGCCUGUUAUGCAACUAUUAUUUAUUAACGCUAGUUUUGGGCACUUCUUGUCAACAGUCUUCAUAGUUCCUUAGUUAGUUCCAUAGUUAGUUUUUAAACAUUUGGUUGGAUCUGAGGAGUUAAGAUGCUUCUGGUUACAUGAGAACUCAUCCUGCUAUUGCCAUCAGCAGUCACAUCAUCAGUAACUAAAAAGAAGCGGCAUCAGCAGCUGUGUAUGCUUCGUCCACCAUGGCUUACAGACUGUUCAUGCUUUGGACAAUACGAAGUUCCUUUUUCCUUCCAAUUUCCUCCAUUGCUCAAAUCGCUCUUAAUCCCAUCUGUUUAUAACUCUAUAAAGGUUUUUAUGGAAUUAGCCAGUCAUUUCUGUAUUGCUGUUCUUAAGGUUUACAAGUAAUUUCCAUCUUGUGGGAAACCCUCUAAGGUCAGGUUAUAUUCUUCUUUAUUCAGUUCAGCAAUUUUUUUGAGCAAUUGUUUGCUUAAACCCCACCCCCAUGGUGUUCCUGGAUGUUCGUUACUUUUACAUACAUUUGCAUUAUUACUUUGGGAGUGCAAUGCAGGUGAUACAUCCAAUGUUUUGGCUAUAUCACAUGAAUUUUAAUAUGUCUAGAAUUAACUCUAUACGUUCUUGUUACCUUUCAAUUCAUAAUGUAAUGAUACAGCAACAUAGAUAUCCAAGAACAUCUGGGAAGCCAAUUGUCUAAUUAAUUGUCCUCUAAAUGUGAGGUCUAUGUAUGAGAGGUCAUUCCUUCCCUAGAUAUAUCUUUAAAAAGCUGUUAUUUGGCACCUUAACCUCACAGACAUGUUUACGUUUAAGUCUAAUGUGCUAAUGUGCAGAUUAAAAAAUAAAAAAUACAUUUAAAAAACUGUCCUGUUACCAAGAGACUACACUGUAACUUCAGCUCUUUACUAUUUUUACUGUUACACACAUCUACUACAGCCUCUCAGAUACUGGCUGAGCCGUAAUCCUUUUUUUUCAUGUCAUUUUUCAAUCUAUCUCUGUGAGCACAACUGAAGAGGCUGCCAAAUCUUGACUGUUUCCCUCCAGGGAACGUUCUGGACCUUCUGCAGUGAGAAAGGUCCAACAAAACAAUGUAUAAGUUCCCCAAAUGGUGUGUUUAUCUAAGACAUGAUGUAACUACCAAAACAUUAUGCGGACAGAUAAUCGAAUAGGAGUAGUACUGAGUUUCCUGUCUGUAGGUGAUGAUGGGUUUAACUAAUGUAGACAGAGCACUGAACAGACCCCCCACACAUACCCUGACAAACUUCAGAGGACAUUUAACUUAGUGUUCUACGCAUGAUGAGGAAAAACAUGUUUGGAUAUUUACUGUGCCAUCUGAAAAUUCUUUGUGAGCUUUUAAACCAUGCUCAUGUCUAUUGAUCACAUUGAGGCCAAGGAGUGGCAUUGAAACUGUGAACUGUGAAAAUUUCCUGUACUGUAUUGUGGCUUGUCUGUGGUCUUGCUUGCAUGGUAAUGAUUUGUGUUUGAACAUGUUGCCUUUGCUCCCUGCCUGUGUUUCCACACAUGUCCACAUGCGUUCAUCCUGAUAACACCUUAAGAUCAAAUAGCAUCCAUAGCUUUGCAAAAUAUAAUAAGCUGUGGAAUUUUUCUCUAACGGGAUGUGUUGUGUAUAUUAACUAGGACUGAGAUGAAUUUGCCAUUACUCUGGAGACCGCACUGUAACCCCAAGAGUAUGCAUGCAGUGUGUGAUAUGUGCAGAUUUCUUAGCGCCAUUUAGGAGAGUGAAUGUGUCAGCUUGCACUGCACCCUUCUGGCAAUGUUGCUCUCUGCAGAUUGCACAUGCUACAUGCUGAUGUUAAUGUCAUAGCCCUAAACAGUGUGUGUAACAUCAGUAACUAAAUAAAACCUAUGAUCAUUGCAUAGCUUUGAAGAGUUCAGCAUUGUCAGUGUGUACCUUACAUAUCACAAGUGCUCAAGUUUGACAACAUCCUGUUGACACAUAACCUUAUAGGGGAAUUUUGAGCAGUCAGAUUUCUAAUGAAGUCAUCACAGCCUGACUUUCAAGCCCUUUUUUUCAUCAAAGCUUUUAAAAGUUGGCCAUAUGAGACAUAUUUCAGAUCCAUUCUGUCUUUGAAAGUAAAUUACCCUUAUUUGGCUAUUUGUGUGGGAAAAAAAUAAAAUAAUGCAGUACUGAUGAUAUGUAAGAACUGCGUACCACAAAAACAAAAACAAAUAUGAUACUCAGAUACACUUAUUGAUAUUUUUGGUCCUUUAAAUUCUUUUCCUUGGAUAUUACACUGCGCUCAUGACAGAUGGGAACGCAGAGCCACGUGAAAGCAGUCAUAUAGCUGUUUGAAGCUGGAAAAAUAAAUGGAUGCUCACAGUAAUCUACAGCUUGCUUGACUGCUAUGGGCUUUAAUAAAAGUUCAUUAAAAAGCUUUUGCAGUGGAAUCAAGAAGUUGUUAGGCUAGUGCUUCAUUUAAUUUAAAUGUAGAUGUAGCUGUGGCAAUUCACUGUUAAUUUUACACCAAAAAUGACAUUAAGGCACAGAGUUUGAUUAAAAAUCUUCUAUAGAUUGACUUAAUCUUGUUAUUAUACAAAUAUCACUGUUGGAACAAAACAUCUCCAACCUCAGAUCUCCAAAAUGGUAACUUUAAAGGAGCAAGAAAAAACUUUUAUAAGUAGUUAUGCCCUUUUCCAUUGAUCCAUUUAUCAUAAAAUUUUUACUCAACGUGGUAAAACUCAAAAAAAAGGUGAUAAACCAUUUUGCCUCAACAUAAAGAAGCUCAGAAGUCUGUACAAAAAGCUUAAAGAGCUUCUUUUUCCUUCCACUUUGUUGACCUUAACUCUGGAAUUGUAACUUGUAGAAGUCAGAUCUCUCAAGAAACUCCAACUAUCUAAGUGGGAAUUUUACGAAUUGGAUGGCUAUUCAAAUUAAUUUUUCCAACUUUUGAGUUCUCACUCGGUCAUGAGAGCAGCAUCAUAUUGGUACUUCAUGUUAGUACAAAAUAAAAGUAACAUGAUAUGCAGCCUGUCAUGAACUAUAUCUUCAGCACAGGCAAUCUAGAACUUCAAUUUACACGUCUGUAGACGUCUAAAAAAAUGCUCACAUUAGUGUAAACAGAGACCACAGUUAGAUACUCAUGCACCACGCUCCACCUUCCCAAAUCUGCCUAAUUUGUGGCAUGUGUACAGUAUUGAGGAUUGUACCAGUUUAAUGUUUACUUGGUUACUGUUUCUCCCUUUGAGCUACUUUCGCACAAGAGUUAUCACUGUUUUGUUUGAAGUAUGUUCUAAAAUGUCUGUUGUCGAGUGCUAUUUAUGACUUUAAAAUGUUAUGGCUUUUGUAUUCAAUAAUAAAUAAUGUAUUCCGUGCA